ACAGGCGACUGGCGCGCAGCUCCGGGUGCCCUCUCUACAAUCCUCUGGCCGCUCGGCUCCAUAGAGUAGCCGGGACCUGGAGCCUCGGCCAGGACUCCCCUCCCGCUCCCUCCCCGUCUCCGCCCCCUCCUCCCGGCCCCGGCUCCCGGAUCUCGCCGAAGACAAUUGCAGUAAAUGAGGACAUCUGAGGAGCACGGAGCCGGGUGGCUGUGGCUGGCUCCGCCGCGCCGCGAUCGGGCGAGCGCGCGGGCGUCCCCGGAGCCGGCCGAGCCACUGCCUCCCCGUGCGCGUCGCUGAGCAGGAGCCGAAGGGACUCGAGCUGCGGCGCGGGGGCCGGCCGGGCCGGGCGGGCCGGGCCCGUGGCAGUGGAGGGGGCGGGCGGCGGGCACGCAGCUGGCCAAGUCCCCGGAGCCGAGCCUCCUUCAGCGCGAGCCCGGCGAUUCUUGCCGUGGAUGCUCUGCCCCGAGUGCUCCGUGUCGCGCCAGGCUUGCCAGGGUCCGCGGCAAGACAUGCCCGAGCCAGGCGCUGCACCGACCUCCACUUAUCAGUAAGCAGCCAAAGGCACCAUGGUCAGCAAGGACUCCAGCAGAUGCAUACUCACGACACCAGAGCAGGAAGUGGAGCCUGCCGCCUGCCUGGCCCUGGAGAUGAGAUAUGCCCUGGACCCUAACCGGCAGAUCAAAAAGCGAAACAAAGCUCUGCAGGUGCGCUUUAAGGAUAUCUGUGAGGCCCAGAAUGAGCAGAGAGACACACAGUUGUCUUCGGGACCUCUGGGGGAGAAGCGAGAGGCCAAGGCUGUGUCCUGCAGGGUGGCCUAUCGUAAGUAUAUGACAGUGCCGGCACGCCGAUCCAUUCCCAAUGUCACCAAGAGCACCGGUGUGCAGACCUCACCGGACCUUCGCAAGUGUUACCAGACAUUCCCGCUGGACCGCAAGAAAGGCAGUCUCAAAGGCUUGCCGGCUGCAGAUGCCUUCAAAAGCCAGAACAAUGGGUUUCUAGCAGAUUCAAAGGAGAAGAGCGAGGCAGGAUCCAUGGAGGACCCUCAGCCUUGCAGUGCAGGAAGGAUUCACAAGACCACAGCAUUGGUUUUCCAUUCCAACGAGCACGUGAAUGCACUGGACCAGCCUUCUGGGGUCAACUGUGCAGAGCUCUGCAAGACUCCAGAGGUGCUUAGCUACCCCGAGGCUCUUUUGCAGAACUCUCGGCCUCCCUCUGAGGAGCCCAUCCACCAGCUGCAGGGGAGAGCUAAGCUUGACAGGGGCACCCUGGACUCAGAGGAGCCCACUCCACUCACCCAUGGAAGGGUGUUUAAAACAGAGGUCGCCACUGUGUAUCCGCCUGCCAUCAGUACCAGGGCCCCUGAGCCUGGCUUGUCAAACUCUGCUGCUGCCAGCCAAUGGUCUCUCUGCCCUGCAGAUGAGGAGCAGAGGCGAGCUGCCCACCUCAAUGGGCUGCAGGCAUCCACAGGCUCUGCUGUGGCCUGCUCAACCCCAGUGCAGUGCCUGUCCCCAGAAUGUACCGAACAGCCCCUGCAGAACCAGCCUAGCCCCACAGCUGGGGUAGGGGAUGAAGAACGCCAACAAAUUGUGCCUCACACAGAGGUGGUAGACCUCAAGGCCCAGCUGCAGGUGAUGGAGAACUUAAUCAGCUCUAGCCAGGAGACCAUCAAAGUGCUGCUGGGGGUUAUUCAGGAGCUGGAGAAAGGAGAAGCCCAUCGGGAAGGGCUUUCAUAUCGGACGGGGCAAGACACAGCUAAUUGUGACACGUGCAGGAACAGUGCAUGUAUUAUCUAUAGUGUGGAGCUGGAUUUUAAGCAACAAGAAGACAAACUGCAGCCUGUGCUGAGAAAACUGCACCCUGUCGAGGAAACUCAGGUCAUCCCUUCGCCUUACACUCAGGAGACUCACUCCUCCACGCCCAAGCAAAAAUCCAAAACUGAGUCCAAAAAGCAUGGAAGGUGGAAACUCUGGUUUCUUUGAGACUCGUGGGCUCGGGAAGACCCAGACCGUCUUUUAAACACACUGGGAUUUAAGUGAGUCCUUUUCCGAAGCGGAUAGGAUCAAGGGAACUGCGGUGCCAACGCGUGCUCCCUGCUUCUCGCCCUGCGUACCAAAAAGGCCUUUGCACCAACAGAUAAUUAGCAGCAAGGGAGUGACUGUCACCCCUUGCCAGCUGUCCUUUGCAGUUCACUGGUAUGGGGUAUAAAGUCUGAAAUAAAACUUACAUAGUCAAAGAUAAGGAAAAACUCUAACCCCCCAACAGCGCCCCCUGACCUAAGAAUGAGUAUUGAGAUGCCAAUGUUCCACACGGCAGGCUGUCUUUGUAGACAGUGGAACUUGUCAUUAUUUUUGGCUAUUAUUAUUAAUUUUUUUUUUAAUGAGAAGAGAAAGCAAGCCUUGUGUUGGCAAAGGACUUCAUUUUUACCUUUCAUUAUGAAAUAAGCAGGGGCGAGUGCAGUUCUCAGCACAUUCAAUUCUGGAGAAAGCACAAUUUUUUUCAAGUGGUCGGAGACCAUGAAUAAUCUCGAAAAAUGUGACUCUAUGUAUAUCUG